AUGGCGUUGAUGAAGGUAAAGUUUGACUUGCCCAAGCGGGUGAAGCUUGCCCAGGGCCUAUGGCUCAUGUACUGGCUGGCAGUGAUGACCGGCAUCCUGGUCUUCAGCCUGGGGCUGUUCUUUAAGAUCGAGCUCCGGAAGAGGAGUGAGAUGAUGAACAACAACGAAAGCCAUUUUGUGCCCAACCUGUUGAUCCUAGUAGGCCUAGCAGCUUGCGGGCUCAAUGUUUUUGGCGGCAAAGUGUGUCACGACUCUCUGGAUGCUAUAAAGUUCGCCAAGUGGAAGCCCAUGGUCAAGGGCUACCUGAUGGGCUGCUUCGCUUUCAACAUCCUCCUGUUCUUCACAGCUCUGCUGUGCUUCUGCAUGCAGUUCCAGCUGUACUUCGCCCUGGCCGAGGGUCUGAAGAAUGGGAUCAAAUUCUACAAGGAUACGGAUACACCUGGACGCUGCUUCAUGAAGAGGACGCUGGACAUGACCCAGAUCGAGUUCCGCUGCUGUGGCAACAACAACUAUAGGGAUUGGUUUGUGGUCCAGUGGAUCAGCAACCGCUAUCUGGACUUCAGCAACGAUGAAGUCAAAGACCGUGUCCUGAGCAACGUGGAGGGAAAGUUCCUGAUGGAGAGUGUGCCGUUCAGCUGCUGCAACCCCGGCUCCCCCAGACCCUGCAUCCAGCACCAACUGACCAACAACUCAGCCCACUAUGACUACGACCACCACACCGAGGAGCUCAACAUCUGGACCCGGGGCUGCCGCGAGUCCCUGGUCGCCUACUACGGAGGCAUGAUGAACAGCAUUGGGAGCCUGAUGCUACUGUACAUCAUACUGGAGGCAGGAGUGAUGGUGGGCUUACAGUACCUGACCACUUCUCUGGAGACCAUGGCAGACCCAGAGAACCCGGAGAGUGAGAGCGAGGGCUGGCUCCUGGAGAAGAGUGUGAAGGAGACGGUGGCGGACUUCAUAGCAACGAUCAAGGGUCUGGCCGGUGCAGGGAACCAGGUGGGGGAGGGUGAGGAGGCGGUGGCCACUGUGAGUUGAGAGAGUCCCACCCAAAGGGACUGAGGCUUGUCCUAUCGAUGGGAGCUCAAAGAGAAAGAGGAGAGAGAUCUUCUCAGUGAAACGACGCACACACGCUCAAACAAAUGUAAACACAUGAAAACAAAUGCGUACACAAACAUACACACACAGACACAAACAUUGACACACAUGCACACACCCUUUGAAAAGUGAAGAACUUAACCAACUGCUCAGAUGAAGUCAGAACCAAACUCAAAAAUGUGAAUGUAUAUCCUGUCCAUAAUAAUUAUGUAUAUAUGUUAAUCAUUCUUUUUUUUUUUUAAAUAAUGAAAAAUAUAUUUGGGUUGUCAAAACAUCUGUACAGUAUACAUGAAUUUGGGCUUGUGAAUAUGAAAGGAAAUGACAUGAAUGAAUAAUUAUCUCCUCCCCUGCCUGGCAAUCCUCUCCAUGAAAAACGAUGGGCAGACCCUGAGACCAAUCAAGCCUAAUACAGUUUCUCUAUGCUCAUAUCUAAUAGAUCUACUCCUAUGUCCUUGUUACACUCCACAACUUGUGUUGCGUGGACAUGUAACCUGACAGGCACACACAUAUAUAUGUAGUUCUGUGAAGUAAUUUAGCCUGCUCAGUUCAACCGACUCCAAAACUCAACAUUACCAGUGUGCCCAAUGCAACCCGGUCAAAUGUCCCCUUAUGGCAGCUUAAAUUGGGUAGCUGCGGAACUGGGGUCCUGGCUGUCCCAGCCCCCUGUCCCUGUCACUCAGGUCCUGGCAGUGCAGGGCCAUAUGCAUUCACACCUAUACAACACACACUUUUACAUUCAUUAGUAACGUAUCAGUGUUGCUAUCGGGUUAUAUGUCUGCUUCGUGUACCAGGCGGUUUUAACUCUGGUUUUGUAAUCCUUUGAGGGGAUACAGUGGGUUGAGUGGCCAGAUGAAGUGCUGAGGGAACUUAGAAGGAGAAUGUUCUGUACUUUUUGGAGAGCGAAAUAUGAUCCGAUUGGCAGUUUAAAAUCAGCGUUCCUCGUGUGAGUACAUAGAGAUACGGGUCAGUUUUCCGUGGAUACAAAAAGUCUUAUCAGUUGUAAUAUUUUUACUUUCUGUGCGACCAUUUUUCUUCCUUUGUAAUAUUGAGAGUUAAUAUUUUCUGUAAAUUUGGAUUUUGAUCAGCAAAACUGUCAGUCUUGUGGGUUGGCUGGAGAAUUUAGCAGCUCCGCUGUGUAAGAUAAAGAUAUAUAAUGAGAACAAGAGUAUGAUUGUCCGUUUUGUCCAUAGGGUUUUGUUUGACAUGGGUCAUUUUUAAAUUGGUAUUCCAUACUUACAGAAUACGCCUAUGACAGGAAGAUUGUAUGUACAUUCAUACAGUAUUUUUCCUAAUACACAAGGUAUUACCCUACACAACUUCUCUUGUUGAGGUCCUCAGCCUUAUUUCAACUAAUCAUGAAGCUAGCAGAGAAUGAGUGAAAGAAUGGAGGGGAGAAAUGCUAAUUGUAGGCUGCAUGGACCUGGUGAAUAAGGAGUUAAGGAGAGCCGGAGGUUCGAGUGAGAUGAGGGUACAGUACAUGUAAAGAACCCAGGAGGAGGCCAGCUUUACCUGAUGAGAUCAGCAGGAAUGUGUGGAUUCCACUCAGCAGGGAUCCAGUCCUCAGUUCUGUUCCAGGACAAACAGGUGACUGGCGUCACUUUAACUGGGCCACCCUCAGGAGAUUGUUUUCUAGCAUAGAUUUCCUAACACACGUUAUCUGAUAAUUAAUCUGUAGUUAUCAGGUCUCAAUUAUGAAAGAGGCCUUCUGACUU